AUGGUGAAGGAAACAAAGCUAUAUGAUUUACUGAACGUUUCUCCAGAUGCCAGUUUCGCGCAGCUAAAAAAAGCAUACCGUGCGGCAGCCCUCAAGUUCCAUCCCGAUAAGAUAGCUGCCAGUGGCGAGAGCGAAGAAAAGAAAAAGGAGGCCACCAGAGUCUUCCAGGAAAUAACCACCGCAUACGAGAUUCUCUCGGACGAGAAGAAACGACAGACAUACGACGCAUACGGAGAAGCAGGGCUCAAGGGCGUUCCUGCCCCAGGCUUCUCGGACCGCUUCCAACAGGCUGAGUCAUUUGUUGACCAGUUGUUCCGCUCGUCUCCUACCUCCGAUCUAGACGCGCUGUUCGAUUCUCUAGCCGGUGGCAGGCCCAUGGGAAACUUCCAGAGACGCAUGAGGAAGGGAAGAGACAUUCUGCACACAACAUACUGCACGCUUGCAGAUUUCUACCACGGAAGGACGAUGAAGCUGAGUUUGACGAAGAAAAUCAAGUGUCCAGAGUGCGCAGGUCGUGGAGGCACGCAGCUAGUGCAAUGUUCCGCUUGUUUGGGACUCGGAACCAUCGUCAACGAAACAAGAAUGGGUAUUGUGUACCAACGCGUGCAGACAACGUGCCACCAAUGCAACGGCUCGGGAAUGUAUAUACCCGAGGAGUAUAUAUGUGGAACGUGCCAUGGCGACAGACUAAUCGACAAAAAAGUCAUACUGGACGUGGAAGUUCCAAAGGGAGUCAAGCCGGGAUACCAGGUGGUGUUCGAAAACGAGGCCGACGAGGGCAUCAAUAUCAUUCCUGGCGAUGUGGUGAUAACACUGCAAGAGGAUAAGAGACGGCCAACCAAGAACUUCCAGCGCAGAGGUAACAACUUGAUAACGUCAGUCACACUGUCGCUCGCCACGGCACUUUGUGGUGGUUUAUUGAAGAUCGAACACUUGAACAAGCGAACAAUAAAAAUCUACGUCAACAGGGGGGAUCUGGCUAAUCCAAACACUAUAAAGGUAGCUAAGGGAUACGGUAUGCCAAUUUAUGCUGAAACUGACAUUGGAGAAACAAGAUAUGGGGAUCUAAUUAUAAAAUUCAACAUUGAGUUCCCAAAGAUGAACGAGUUAUCAGAAGUGCAAUACAAUAUGUUGAGCAAAGCACUUAAUCCUAGCUAUAAGCCAAGAAACAUUUCAAGCUCGUCUUCGUCGGAGGAUGUGUCGGUCGAAGACUUUUCUCCUCUAUCUGGGUCGACCAGGACCAGUACUACAAGAUCCGCGACCGCCAGUAUCACAGGAUUGAAGGAUCCAGCUGAGGCGGCAGAGGAGGAUAGUGACGAGAGCGACAUUGUAUAUCUGACAGAUUUUCCCGGAUUCGACGCCCAAUCAAGGGAAUGGGACGCUGAGCAACAGUCGAAAAGAUUCAAAAGUGGAUGA